GGUUAGGGUUUAUUUUGACUUUUAAAUUUUCCUGAUCCAACCCCAUACAAGUGCUCAGAUAUAAAAGUGUAUGUGUGCUGUACCGAUCCUUUAGUCUGUUCUGUACCCAUCUAUAUCUAUGGCAGCCGAACUGCUCAAGCUCUGUGAAAUGAAGCCCUUGCGUCUCGGGGAGGCUACGGUGGAUUUUCAGAUUCGUGGGGCCGUUAACAGCACAGAUGGGGCCGAUGAAAGCCUGCAGGGAGUCACAGCUACAUUACUACUGCUGUUUCUCGGUCUGCUGCUGGCCAUCGGACAACGUCGGUCAGAGAAAUCCAGUGUGCCAGGUCCUUGUUUUCUUUUGGGUCUGGGACCUCUGUUGUCUUAUUGUCGGUUCAUCUGGUGUGGGAUCGGAACAGCCAGCAACUACUACAACUCCAGAUACGGAGACAUGGUGAGAGUCUGGAUCAACGGCGAAGAGACUCUCAUCCUGAGCAGGUCUUCUGCUGUGUAUCAUGUGUUGAAGAAAUCUCAGUACAUCUCAAGGUUUGGGAGCAAAUUGGGUCUGCAGUGUAUCGGGAUGCACGAACAGGGCAUUAUAUUCAACUCAAACGUCGCUCUCUGGAAAAAAAUACGCAUCUUCUACGCUAAAGCUUUAACAGGUCCAGGUCUUCAGAGGACUAUGGAGAUCUGCACUUCUUCCACAAGCACACAUCUAGAUGAUUUAUCUCAGCUCACCGAUAGCCAGGGACAGGUGGACAUCCUCAAUUUACUGCGCUGUAUCGUAGUGGACAUCUCCAACAGACUGUUUCUAAGAGUUCCUCUGAAUGAGCGAGAUUUGCUUCUGAAAAUUCACAAGUAUUUCGACACAUGGCAGACGGUUCUUAUCAAGCCUGACGUGUACUUCAGACUGGACUGGCUGCACAGGAAACACAUACGAGAAGCUCAGGAGUUGCAGGACGCCAUUGCAGCUCUGAUAGAAAUGAAAAGAUCUCAGCUGUUACAGGCAGAGAAACUCGAUCACCUUGACUUCGCUGCAGAACUGAUAUUUGCUCAGAGUCACGGCGAGCUGAGCGCUGAGAAUGUCAGACAGUGUGUGUUGGAAAUGGUGAUCGCCGGUCCAGAUACUCUGUCUGUCAGUUUGUUCUUCAUGUUGUUGAUCCUCAAAGAAAAUCCAGACGUGGAGCUGAAGAUCGUGCAGGAAAUACAUACAGUUUUAGCUGACAGGAGUCUUCAGCAUGCAGAUCUCUCAAAGCUUCACGUUCUGGAGAGUUUCAUCAAUGAGUGUCUCAGGUUUCACCCAGUAGUGGACUUCACUAUGCGUCGGGCGCUGGAUGAUGAUGUCAUCGAGGGCUACAGAGUAAAGAAAGGAACAAACAUCAUACUAAAUGUGGGACGGAUGCACAAAACUGAAUUCUUCCCUAAACCAAAAGAGUUCAGUCUGGACAACUUCCAGAAAAAUGUGCCGAAUCGUUUCUUUCAACCAUUCGGGUCAGGCCCGCGUUCGUGUGUGGGAAAGCACGUUGCCAUGGUCAUGAUGAAGUCCAUCCUGGUGACGUUGUUGUCUCGGUUUUCUGUGUGUCCUAUGAAGGGCUGCACCGUUGAGAGCAUCCCUCAAACCAACAAUCUCUCUCAACAGCCGGUGGAGGAGCAGAAUUCACCUCUCAAUGUUCAGCUCAUCCGGAGAAACAUCUCGAAUCAUACACACAACUCAUGAAUACUACAACGUGCAGGCGUCCGCAUCAUACUGUAUAUUUAUUCGCUACUUUUUAGUCUUUCUUAUAUUUGUAUGCUUACAUUUGUUUGUAUUAAAGUGUUUAUCUGUCAGAGAUACAGUAUGAUGUAAGGCAUUUUCUGCAUUACUAUUUCAAACUGUUAGUACAAACAAACAACUCCAAUUGUAUCAUUUAAUAAUACUUUUAUGGCAGUCUGGUCUGUUUAACCCCUUCAGACCUGAAUUUCAGGUGUUUAUUUUGAUUGAUUGGUUGAUGAGCAAAACAUGUGAUGUCCAUUCCAGUGGACACAGGGUCUGAAAGGGUUAAGUUGCUUGUUUUGUGUGCUUUAUUAGUAUAACAAACAUUUGUAAAUUUUUUAUUGAAAUAAAAAUGAAUAUGUCAGGGAUGAACAGGGACACAUUUCUCAACUUUUAUUGUUUUUUAUGUAAAUU